CGAUAUGGACCCCAUAGUAGGUUUAGAAAAACAAAUUGAAGCUCUAGAACUGCAAGUUUUACCGACAGAAGACCAUUCCAAAAUUUUAAAUAAAAUUGAGGCUAUUACUAGUUUAUUAAUGCAAACUCAGAAGAUGAUAACCUCCGCCUUAAGUUGUCGUGAAGCUAUAACUUCAAUGCUACAACCUUUGGUAACCAUCAAUGAUUAUUUAAAUUCUACAGAUAACAGUUGUGAAGUAGAAGUAGAAGCCAAAAGACGUUAUUUACUUGAACUGUAUCCAGAAUUGAAAAAUACAGUACAAAGUAUUGGUACCUUCGAAUCACUUUUGCCUUUUCUUGGUUCUAUAAAUACAUCUAGAGUAGUUGAAUUUUCUGAAAAGUUAGGAGAAUUAGUUUUAGAUAACGGUAAACUCUAUGGGGAAUGUAGAGAUAUUACAGAAAAUGUGCUUGUAGCGUUACAACAAUAUAAUGAUAUAUCUAGCUCUAUUCAAAUACUGCUUACACAGUGGGAUACUACUGUGUUAAAUUUAGAGCUCGCUUUGCAACCUAAAUGUCUUAAUGAACAGUGAAUGUAUAUUGUUCAAGUCAAUGGGUUACCAGGAUUUCUAUGUGUGACUCACUCAAUGUAAUAAUGUGAGCAAGACCCGAGCUUAAAGAAUGUAAUAAUCUUCAGCCUGAGGUUUACUGUAAAUGUUAGAUGUCAUGUUUAUUGGAUUGAUUUCUUUUAGAAACUAAGGUUAUAUUGCAAAAAUAUCAGUUUUUAUUGUAUGACAGCCAAAAAAGUCUACUACUUUAGUGGAACUAAGUUUAUUCUGGUUUAUUCUAAUUAUAUACUCUAAUAUAAUUGAAUAAUACACCUACAUUAUUAUUGUCUUAGAUCUUAGACAAACAAAUAAAAAAUAAAAGAAUUCUAAGUA